AUGAAUCGAGCAAGGUCAUCGCUGGACAAGCCGCCGCUGGCGGUGUCCCCGCGGAGACUUCGUCCCCGCCGUGGCCCCCGCUCUGAUGCCCCCGCCGGCGCCGGUUGCGGCGCCGCCGUUCCCAGAACGUCACCAGGUACCCUCUGCAGAAACGGCCUGCGCAAUAGGACUAUCGAUCUUGGUGAUUUAUUUGUAUGUUUUGAAGUUUAGCCGCGCCGUCUCCAAAGGAAGCCCCGCAACUGCGCCGCUCGUGCGCGCUAGAGGAAUCGCCGCUGGUUUCACAGUACGAGAGGAUCUCGCAGGAGCUACAGGCCCUCGUGCAAAGGGCCAAAGACAAUUUCCCCGCCGGCGAUACCGCGGAAGGCUUCGCCUCCGUUGCCAAACUCGCCGCCGGCCCCACGAGCCCUUUCUUGGAGAGAGGGCGGCUAUACGAGAUCUACUCGGCCAGGAGGAACGAGCGGCUGAAAAGGAAGAUGGAGGAAGCCUUCGAAGAGAUGGCGCCCCGCCAUUCCGCUGCCGAGGCCGACCUGGGUAAGAGAAAGAGUGCGAAGAGGACGGAGAGUCUGAGGAAAUCGGCGCCGGAGAACUUCCUUUCCGGUCCGGCAUCCCGCCUGAGGUCGUCCGUGACGACCCGCGGCAGCAAGGGGUCAUCCUCCGUCCUGAGGAGUAACAUGAAACUCAAAAUUGACGGGGAGAAGCUAUCCUAUUUACAGUCUGACCGCAGGAAAUGA